CUAUGGUUUAAACAGCUUUGAUACACAAGAGGGCGCCAUACCCUCACACUGAUGUAUGUACAUGUAUGAGCAUUGUUUGUAUUACCUUGUGCAAGCAAGCUUAUCCUCCAUGGUGCAAAGGUGAUUGUAAAAGGCUCCUGUCACUGAAGGUGUCAUGCAUGUCAAUCACUCUUUAGAGUAGAGCCUUCAGCCACUGACUAAGAUGGAGGGAACUGGAGGAAUUCGUUUUAGUGACCAUCGAGGUAGACCAUCAUGCAGUGACAUUCUUGUAUUCUUUUGCAAUGGAAAAAAGGUUAUAGAUCACCAUGCUGAUCCUUCGAUGACAUUGCUCUCUUAUCUUCGAACCAAAUUGCGUUUAACAGGAAGUAAACUAGGAUGCGGAGAGGGUGGGUGCGGUGCCUGCACGGUCAUGGUAUCCAAAUACUCGCCAGAGGACAAGUCCAUCAGCCAUCUUGCAGUGAAUGCAUGCCUGACUCCCAUCUGUUCUGUACACUGUAUGGCAGUCACCACUGUAGAAGGAAUUGGAAAUACAAAGACCAGACUCCAUCCUGUACAGGAGCGUCUCGCAAAGGCUCAUGGGUCUCAGUGUGGUUUCUGCACUCCAGGCAUUGUUAUGUCCAUGUACACCCUACUCAGGAACAGACCACAUCCUACCAUGGGGGAGAUAGAGGGUGCCUUGGAGGGGAACCUGUGUCGAUGUACGGGGUACCGGCCGAUUCUACAAGGCUUUAAAACAUUCACAAAGGAAGGAUGCUGUGGAAAAAAUGGCAAGAACUGCUGUAUGAGUUCGUCGUCGAAUAAUAUAGACCUCGGGGUUUCAACCAAACUUUUUGACCCGACCAAGUUCGUGCCCUAUGAUCCUACACAAGAACCGAUCUUUCCUCCAGAGCUGAUGAUGAUGGUAACAGAGAAGACACCUGUACUAAAGACCUUCUGUAGUGAUAAAGUGACAUGGUUUCGUCCAGUCACUUUAGAACAACUCCUGAAGCUAAAGUCUAAACACCCACAGGCUAAGAUGGUUGUUGGAAACUCUGAAGUUGGUGUGGAGGUAAAGUUUAAGAAUCAGCAUUAUUCUACUCUGAUUGAUGUCAAUCACGUACCAGAGCUAAAACGAAUUGAAGACACGCCCACUGGGGUCAGAGUAGGGGGGUCAGUAUCUCUGACGUCACUGGGGGAUCAUCUGAAGAAGCUUAUAGGCGCAGAACCAGAACACAAGACGAGGGUGUUCAGUGCGAUCGUAGAGAUGUUGCGAUGGUUUGCUGGACGUCAAAUCAGGAAUGUUGCCUGCCUCGCUGGUAACAUAACGACCGGCAGCCCAGUGUCUGAUCUCAAUCCUUUAUUAAUGGCAGCUUUGUGCACAGUUGAACUGAUGUCAAGCAAAGGUGGGCGCACGGUAACCUUGGACGGUAGUUUCUUUACUGGCUAUAGAAAGAACAUCAUUGAACCAGAGGAGAUCAUUAUCAACAUCAGUAUUCCAUUCUCGUCACAGAACGAGUAUUUUUACGGGUAUAAGCAAUCCCCACGUCGUGAGGAUGAUAUAGCAGUAGUCAAUGCAGGGAUGAGGGUUGCAUUGAUACCAGGGACUGAUAAAGUACAUGAUUGUACUGUGGCCUAUGGAGGAAUGGCUCCCACCACUGUCUUAGCAACAAAGACAAUGGAGAACAUCAAAGGGAAAAAUUGGAGCACUGGUUUGAUGGAGCACAUUACUCCGUUUCUGGUUGAGGAUCUACCCCUGGCACCAGGAGCUCCAGGGGGUAUGGAGAGCUAUCGUCAAUCACUGGCUCUCGGUUUCUUCUUUAAAUUCUACUUGGCCGUCUUGGGACAAAUCAAUCGCGAUGCGGUCAAUAUCAUUGGUUCAUCCAUCCCAGAAUCUUACAAAUCAGCCAAUCAGUCGUGGGAUAAGAACUCUGCACGGGGUGUACAAAUGUAUCAGGAAGUGCCGUCGGGUCAGCCAGAUUCAGACGCCGUAGGACGACCUCUGACCCAUCUAUCUGCCCUCAAGCAGACAACAGGAGAAGCAGUAUAUGUUGACGAUAUCCCUCACAUGGAUGAUGAGCUUUAUCUAGGGUUGGUCAUCAGUAAGAAGGCUCACGCUAACAUAAUAUCUGUUGACGCAACUAAAGCUUUGGCCGUUGAUGGAGUUCAUGCCUACGUAGACGUUAACGACGUACCAGGAUGCAACAGGUUUGGGCCUUCAUUGCUUUACGAUGACGUCCUCUUUGCAGACUCAAAGGUAACGUGUGUAGGUAUGGUGAUUGGUGUAGUAGUUGCUGACAAUCAAGCUAUAGCACAAGCAGCCGCAAAGAUCGUCGACGUGAAGUAUGAAGAACUACCUGUUGUGGUAACCAUAGAGGAUGCCAUUGAGAACAACUCAUUCUUCCCAAUCACCCGUGAGAUUAAGACAGGGAACGUAGAAGACGGUCUCGAGGGCUCAGAUGUUGUUAUCGACGGGGAGAUUAAGAUCGGAGCACAAGAGCACUUCUACUUGGAGACUUUCACCACGUUGGUUAUACCGAAGGAUGGGGAUGAGGUUGAAAUCAUAUCAGCAACACAGUCACUCACCAGAACACAGAGCCUUGUAGCUGAAGCUUUGGGUAUCCCAAUUCAUAAGGUGAUGUGUCACGUGAAGAGACUCGGAGGAGGGUUUGGAGGCAAGGAAUCUAGGACCUGUCUUCAUGCUGGUGUAUGUGCUGUUGCUGCCAAUAAAGUUAAUCGACCAGUGCGUUUAAUGUUGGACCGUAAUGAAGAUAUGCUGAUCACAGGAACUAGACACCCUAUCCUUGGCCGUUAUAGAGCGGGAGUCUCAAAGAGUGGCCAGCUGAGGGCGCUUCACAUCGAUUUAUAUGCAAAUUGUGGUCACACGUAUGACUGCUCAGCGGCUGUACUAGAAAGAGCAAUGCUUCAUGCUGACAACUGUUACAAAUGUACCAAUGUCAGGGUGACCGGUCAUUUGUGCAGGACGAACCUAGCUUCCAAUACGGGCUUUCGUGGCUUUGGAAGCCCGCAAGCCAUGCUGGUCGCAGAGACUGUUAUGUCGGAUAUCGCAACCAAAUGUGGCUUAAAUCCACUCAAGGUACGAGAACUAAAUUUCUACCAGGAGGGUGACCGUACUCAUUACGGUCAAGAGUUACAGAGUCUGUGUCUGGAACGAUGCUGGGAGCAGUGCAUUAACACCAGUAACUUUGUCAAUCGAAGGCAAGACGUGGAUGAGUAUAACAGAGCUAAUCGCUGGAGGAAGAGAGGUAUUGCUGUGAUACCAACAAAGUUCGGUAUCUCUUUUAACUGCAAAUCAUAUAAUCAGGCUGGUGCCCUAGUUCAUAUUUACGGGGACGGAUCGGUACUCAUUGCACAUGGUGGUACGGAGAUGGGUCAAGGAUUGCAUACCAAAAUGAUUCAAGUUGCUAGCCGAAUCUUGCGCAUACCGGCAGACAAGAUUCACAUCAGUGAAACAUCUACAUCUACUGUGCCCAACACCUCUUCAACAGCAGCUAGCUUCAGCUCCGAUUUAAACGGCAUGGCAAUAAAGGAAGCCUGUGAAACUCUCUUGCAUCGCUUGGAACCCUUUAUCCAGGACGAUCCUAAAGGGACUUGGGAAAGCUGGGUAAAUGCAGCAUACAUGAAUCGUGUCAGUCUGUCUUCAACUGGUUUCUUCAAAGCAAGGGAUCUUCACUUUGAUUGGGAGACCGGCCAAGGAGAACCCUACAACUAUUUUGUGUAUGGUGUGGCUGUUUCUGAGGUUGAGAUUGACUGCCUUACAGGUGGGCAUCAGGUUCUAAGGACAGACAUCGUUAUGGAUGUUGGAGAUAGCCUAAAUCCAGCCAUAGACAUUGGACAGAUUGAAGGAGCUUUCGUCCAGGGCUACGGUCUAUUCGUCUUGGAGGAUUACAGAGUGACCCCAUCGGGUCAUCUACUGACCAUUGGUCCAGGAUUCUACAAGAUUCCUGGCUUUGGUGACAUCCCCUCUGAGUUAAAUGUCAGCCUAUUGACGAGGGCACCCAACCCGUUCGCAAUCUGCUCUUCUAAGGCUGUAGGAGAACCACCUCUGUUCCUUUCAGCAUCAGUCUACUUUGCUAUCAAGGAUGCUAUCCUAUCAGCCAGGGAGGAUGCUGGUAUCAAGGGAUCAUUCCGCUUAGAUAGUCCAGCCACUGCCGAUAGAAUCCGUAUGGCUUGCCAAGACCAGUUCACUAAACAGUUUCCAUCGCCAGCGCCUGGUACAUACAAACCAUUCUUCGUUCGUCCUUAGGAAGGAUAAAUUGGACAAACGGCUGACUAAGUGGACAAAACUUGUUGGACAAAGCUCUAUAUGGCCUGCAAAAACGCCAGAAAAUGCUUUAUUUUUAAAGAUAAAACCAUAUUCAUGUAUAGAAAUGUUUAAUACCUGAGAUAAAUUACAAUCCUACGAGAGAUAAAUAAUUUGAAUCUUUUCAUAUAAAACUUGAAAUGUUUGCAAGGCCAGGUUUGCUAGUCAUGAUCAUUAUUAAUUUGUUUGUUUAAUACCAUCCAUCUAACCACAAUCAUGUCUGGCGUCCUAACCCAGCAACUGUUAUAUCAAUCAAACCAAAUAUUAAUAGAAUUUAUUACCAAAGAAAAUGGUGGACGUGACCUUUCUGGUCACCGCUAGUUACUAAUCUAUUCUUUGUUUAAAGAUGCUACGUCAGAUUUUUGGCCCCAAACAUUGAAAAAUAUACUUUUUUUGAGUGAAUGGUAUUUCAAAGAGUAUCACCCGCU